AUGUCAAAAACUUCCAACAUCCUUUACUUUUUAAUAUUUAUUUUAAUCUUGCUUCCAAGUUCGAAUGGCGGAGGGCGUGGUGGACGUGGAGGACGUAGAAGUGGAGGGCCUGGACGUGCUGGACGCAAUGAACGUGGUGAAGCUUCAAGUUCAGGACAUGGUGGAUCUAGUGGCGUUGGAUCUGGUAUAGAAAGCGGUGUUGGAUCUUCGAGUACAGUAAAUGAGGGGGAAAUUCGGUGACAAAUAUUAAAAGAAUUGAUGG